UUCUCGUGAUCAGACAAAUGCGCUCACUACUUAAACGCCAUUUCUGACUUGAUAUCGAGUGGAAUACGGAUCACCUGGUCGGUACAAGGGAUAUCAAACACAAUGGAAGGCGGCUGUUCGAAGAUCUUCCUUAUAAUCAUAAAUGUCAUCUUUAUGAUCUUUGGGCUGGCCAUCCUGAUUGCUGGGAUCGUUUUCAAAGUUGGCUUUGACGAGUUCAAAGAUGCUUUGGUGGACAACGGUGAUAAGGUGGACUUCAACCUGAAGUAUGCUGGCGAGACUUUCGGACUGAUCGUCAUUGCCUUCGGCUGCGUCAUCCUUCUGAUCGCUGGACUCGGCUGUCUGGGAGCCUGCUGUCAGUGGCGGGUGCUGCUCGGCAUUUAUGGCGUCAUUGUCGGUGUGAUCCUGCUGUCGGAGAUCAUCGCUGUGGCCGUCGUCCUGGCCAAGGGGAGUGAGGCAAAGAAUGUCAUGGAAACAGGCUUAAGAGGUGCGCUGAAAGGAUACCACGACUUCCGUUGCCCAAAAGAAUGCUAAAGAUAAAUCCUUUGACGCCAUCUUUUCCACCUUCCAAUGUUGCGGCGUCGACAACUACACGGACUUCCAGGACCUCGAUAUUCACACAAACUGGGACCCGCGUAAUACCCAAAAGAAAAUCCCCGUGGCCUGCUGUAAGAAGACAAACUACGAAGAUAUUUCAAACACCACGUUCACUAAUGCAGACAUACAGAAGUGUUUGAGCCUCACCAGCAUGGACAGCGAGUAUGCCUAUACUAGUGGCUGCUACACCAGUCUGCUGGACUUCGUUGACCACUACAAAUACGUAGCUAUUGGAGUUGGUGUCACUAUAUUCCUGAUAGAGCUGCUGGUCAUUGUGCUGUCCAUCUGCAUGUGUCGGAGCAGCUCAGAUAAGUAUGUGUAGCUGUGAGGAGCCUACUCUGCCGGGCCGACGUCGUCGUCGUCUGCUGGUUUGAUUUUACAGAUAAUGGUGUCAAUCACGUCCUUCUGUCUCUGCCGCGCAGUGUCUGGCGACUGAGGACCCGAAUGUACGAUGGGACUACUCGUCAAGACCUGAGACUCACCGCACAUCAUUGAUCAUGUACAAAUGUAAUAUCUGAAUAAUUAUUGUCUCAGAUGGACUGUCAUCAUAUGUCUGUAAUAUAACAUACGUUAUAAAAGAUUGUUACAAUGGUGCUGUAGGCCAUAUCAGGCCGAAAUGCUCUGACCAAAUCCUAAGGGCUCUUGCGGUCAUUCUCCUAAUUAAUUAUGAGGCUAGACGUUAAUGAUCAAAGCUGUACAUAUUUGUGUUAUAUAUAACACCCUAUCAGUCAACAGGGUACGCCCACAGUCUUCUUUCAGCUUCUUCCGCUUUCCCUUUCUAUAUAUCCAUGUUAAUCACAUCUUGUAAUUUUACUUGCCGGCGUUGAAAUUAUUUGUUGUGGCAGGUAAUCUGCGUUCACAAAGUGACUAGGACAUACGUAGGCGCAUCGUCUUCACCUACACCCAACUUUUCCAAAUAUACAUUGUUACGUUUCGUUGAUAAGUCACGGGCAAUAGUGUCACGUCAAAUAAAAUAUUCAUGUUUUU